AUGUCUUUGGACGAGAGAGUAUUUUUAAUUUUAAUCGCAAAUUUAGAAGCAACAACAUGCCGUAAAGCUCAACAAGGAGCUGUAACCUUCUUGCAAAACGAGGAAACAAAAAAGGGUAUACAAGGAAUAAAGGCUCAAAGCUCUUACAAACUUUGUUCAAACAAAAAUGCUACAAAACGUUGCUACCCAAAUGAUGAUUCAAAUAUUAGCGUUUUCAAAAUUGUUUGCAAGACAGAUAUUUGUAUUUGUGGUAAUGUUAAUAACAAAUGUUACUUUGCAACUAAGGAUACUACUGGAAUUUUAGACUAUAUGUUUUAUUCUCAUAGUAAAUAA